CGCGUCUACUACGGGCUCAGCGGAUUCGAAAAUAACGCAAUGCCCGCAGUAUUGCUUUGAACUUUGUCGACGAUGGAGGAUUUCAUAGCCGAAGUACACAAAAGAGAAUUUUUGUGGAAUAAAAAGAAGAUACCAAUUGGCGGAAAAAAAAGUAUUACAGAAAAACUAUGGCGAGAAGUAGCGGCCGCGUGUGGUAUAUCAAAGGUAGCGGCCAAAACCCGAUGGAGAAGUAUACGUGAUCAAUUUCUGAAAGAGUUAAAGAAGGUGCCAGUAUACAGCUCCGGUGAAUCCUAUUACUUCAAGAAAUAUAAGAAACCCAAAUAUACUCAUUUUGAUAGCUUAAUGUUCCUAAUGGAUAUAUAUACGCCAAGUAACAUAGUUUAUGAGUCUGGUAAUUCGGGAAGCGAUAUCAAUAAUGAAGCUGAAGAUUUUGCACCUCCGCUCGCAGAACCACAACCUCAAAAUUUAUCUCCACCCAGGAGCACGGACAGUAUUUUUACAACCAUUAGAAAGGUGUACACUCUGGAUCUUGAUCCUAAUUUGUGUGAAGUAACAUUUAAAGAAGAAUCUGACGCAUUUGUCUUCGAUGACAGCAAAAAUCAAACCGAUGAUGGUGUUCCGCCUUUAGUAUUGAUAAGGCAUCAACCAGCAGAUCCAACCUAUACUGGCGGCGAUAGAGCUUAUCCUCUAGAACGCGGCAAUAAAGCACAUGCCACAUACUUGAAGAAUAAUCACUACAACUGCCCAGACAAAAGAGUAUCACUAGAACUAGAUAAUCAAGCUGAGCUCGAAAACUGCACUGACGAGAAUUUAAAUUUUUUCCGGUCCCUUUUACCUUAUAUGAAUAAGAUGGACCCAAAGCAGCAGUUGCGAGUGCGCAUGCGGUUUCAGGAAUUAAUGAUUGAAGAAAUGGGAAGAACGAAACUNCAGCCAGUUGCCUACGCACUGUGCUAA